UUACUGUAGGCCCGUGCCCGAGAAAGCGAGAAGCGGAUUAAAAAGAAGAGAGAGAGAGAGGGAAAGGGGAUGCUGGGAGAGAGGGAGUGAGAGAGACAGUGAGUGAGAGCUCUUCUUCCUCCCAAAUCGCCAGAGGUCCUCUCUCUCUUCUCUCUCGCUCUCUCCGCCACAAUGUCUCACUCCUCUUCACAUUCUUCACCGCUUUAGCGCUUUCGGAGCUCUUCGCUUGGCGGCGGGGGUCGUUUUCCCGGUGCUUCCAGGGCUGUUUUGCUUGUAAUUUUGUCUGCUGACAGGCAAGCUGACACUUUGUUCCUUCAAUAUAUGGUGAGGAGCUAGCUGAAAGUAUUCUUUUACCAGUAGAAGAAAUAUGAAGUCAGGCUCAAAGAAGGGGAAAAAAAUGAAGUUGGGCUUGCUGAAGAGUUGGUGUCUUCGCCUGAGAGGCAAAUCUACCACUCAUUUCUGUAUGUUCCCCAAGGUUCGUUCAGCUGAGAAAACAGGUGGAAAUGCACCAGUCUAUCUGAAUGUGUAUGACCUUACACCUAUAAAUGGCUUUGUUUAUUGGGCAGGCGUUGGAAUAUUUCAUUCAGGCGUUGAAGUUCAUGGUGUGGAGUAUGCAUUUGGUGCACAUGACUACCCAACUAGUGGUGUCUUUGAAGUCGAUCCUCGUCAAUGUCCCGGCUUUAGAUUUCGGAAGUCAAUAUUCAUGGGCACAACAUGUUUAGACCCUAUCCAGAUCAGAGAGUUUAUGGAACUUAAUUCUGUAAACUAUAAUGGAGAUACCUACCACUUGAUUGCUAAGAACUGCAACCAUUUCUGCAAGGAUAUCUGUUAUAAGUUGACAGGCAACUCAAUUCCAAAAUGGGUCAAUCGACUUGCUGAUAUAGGCUCCCUAUGCAGCUGCAUCCUGCCUGAGGCAUUACAGAUUUCUGCUGUUCGUCACAAGCCUGAUUUUCGAGCAGAAGAUGGCGAGAGGAUGAAGUUGAGAAGCACUUUUAGCUAUCUAACUUCAGUCUCGAUGCGUCAGAGGCAGUUGUCUGCCUCAUCUGUCUUCUUGAGUUCCCCCUUGAAAGGUUGCCUUCAACCAUGGGAGUUUCGCAGAUCUGGUUCUCUCUAUUGAAGGAGAGGUGAGAAUGUUUUGUCUGUUGGUCAGCAAACUGGUUUCAAACUAUUAUAGGAUUCAGGCUUAUUUGCUUUGUGGCAAUCUAAGCAGUCUAUGACUUUCAUGUUGUCCGGGAGAAAAUUUAUUCAGCAUUCAGAAUGCUGAAGGAAGCAGCAAAUGUUGUAUAGUUUUCUCUGUUCAGGUUGGUCUAUAUCUCAAGUUAUUUGUUCUGUUUAUGUGUAGACUUGUAAGGUGCUUUUUAUUAUCACAGCAGGGACCUCAGAUAUGUGCAAUCUGUUAUUCCUGUUCUGCAAGAUGCUAAAGCUUGGCUAGCUUUAUCGUA